AUGAGCCUAUCUAGUUCCUCUUCCUUUCCUAAGUCUGAGCCUAUGCUUACUCCUUACCCUAGUCUUUCUCCUAUCCCAGUUAUUAAUCGUUUUAGUCCCUUAGGAUCUACAUUGAGCCAAAUAAGACCCAAUUACCAAUCUGCACUUACUUCCAGUUAUGACCCCUUUCAGCUACCUCCUACUGCAACUCCACUUUCUUCUUCUACCUUUUAUCCUAAGACUUCCCCCUACAUUUUUAGGAGUACUGCUAAUCUUUUUAUUCUUGAACCACAUGUUUCUGUAUCUAUGAGCCCAGCAAUGAUCGCCCAGAAUCACUUUCCUCCUGGUUUUCAUUAUCUUCCGCAUAGUCCAUACAAGUCUCUUAAAUUAUAUAGAGAAAUACUUCAUGAGACCAAAUCUGUUGAUAUUAAGCCUAUCCGUGAUAAAACUGAUCCCCAAAAAAUUAUCUACCAUUCCCUCUACAUCUACCAGAUCUUGAGUCAGAAAAGUUGGGGUGCACACCCUUAUGAGCUAAGAACCCUUCCAUCUAAAUUACAAUAUAAUUAUGCUGACUAUGUUGAGUCUUGGUAUUACAUCUUUUUACAUCAAACUCCUGAUUUCACACAUUCAUGGUUCAUCAAUUUUGACAGUAAAUUCCGCUGUGAGCUUCCCUACUGGUUUCUUCACUGGUGGGACACACAUGGCCCCAAAUCAGAAAUUAUUCAUCCCCAAAUCACUGAGCUUAUUACUUACUUCUGCUCUAAAGUAAAACUCCCUGAGCGUGAUUUAUUCUUUCCUAUUCCCCUGCUUUUCUUUACUCGUUACAAGAUUCCUUGGAUUAUGAAAUGGUCUUACAAUGUUAACUGGGAAACCCGAAUUUUUUCCCGUCAAUUUUCUGUUAAAUGGUGGGAUCGUUUUGAAGUCCACCGAAUUGUUGAAUACAUCUACAGAGACUUUCCUAAGCAUGACUACCCUAAACAUGAGCCUGAGCCUACUUCUCCACAUUCUUCCCAGACAAGUCUCUUUGUUGAAGGAAAAACUAAAGCUGAGUUACAAGAUAUGGCUAAACAAUUACUUCUACAGGCCUCGCAGAUGCAUGAUGAUGAAGACAAUGAGUCCCAAUCAUCUUCAAGUUGCCAGCCCCUCCAGCAAAGCCCAAGCCCAAGUCCUGAUCAACCCCUGAGAUGGUCUGACUAUCCCUAUGGUCAAGAUCCCAAUGAAGCCUAUGCCACUUAUGACCUCAAUUCAGACUGA